AAUGACAGUGACAGUUGUGGUAACAUAUACAAUUAUUGCGAGUUAUGGGUUGAUUUUUAGUUUUGAAAACAUUUUGAGGAAAUAAAUAUGGUCCAGCUACUGUACAUCAUCGCCAGCUUAUAUGUUCUAUCGUGUCCUUUCACAAAAGUGGAGGAAAGUUUUAAUAUACAAGCUAUUCAUGACAUUUUGUAUCAUAGGCAUAACCUCUCGCUGUAUGAUCACAACGAAUUCCCGGGCGUGGUGCCUCGUACGUUUAUUGGACCAAUUAUUAUUUCUGUGUUAUCUGCACCUAUUGUGGGAUUAUUGCAUAUCUUUGAUAUCAAUAAAUUUUGGAUGCAAUAUGUUGUCCGCCUUACUUUAGCUCUCACAGUGAUAGUCACAUGGAGUCGGCUAAGAAAUGCCUUACAAAAGCAAUUUGGGAAUACAUUUUCAUGGUGGUUUACUAUUAUUACUGUUACUCAGUACCAUUUUAUGUUCUACAUGAGUAGACCAUUGCCCAAUAUUAUGGUACUACCAUUAGUACUAUUAGCAUUCGAAGGAUGGUUUACUGGAAGACACAAACAAUUCCUCAUAUCUUCAGGAGCAGCUAUUGUAAUAUUCAGGUCUGAACUUGCUAUGCUAUUAGGGCUCUUCCUUAUAAUGGAUCUGUAUUUCAAGAAAAUUGACUUCAACAUGUUGUGCAAAAUUGUUAUGCCAGCUGGUAUUGGACUAGUACUCCUAACAGUAAUAGUUGACUCAAUAUUUUGGCAGCGGUUGUUGUGGCCCGAAGCUGAAGUAUUUUGGUACAACACUAUAUUGAACAAAAGUUCUGACUGGGGUACUUCGCCAUUCCUUUGGUAUUUCUAUUCAGCUCUACCACGCGGACUAGGUCCCAGCCUAAUAUUGAUUCCUGUUGGAGUGUACUUAGAUAAGCGUCUAGUGCCUCUAGUAGCACCAGCACUUGUAUACAUUUUCCUGUACUCUUUUCUUCCACAUAAAGAACUUAGGUUCAUCAUAUACGUAUUCCCAUUGCUCAAUAUUGCUUCAGCCGCAGCAUGCUCAUUUGUAUUUAUAAGACGAACCAAAGCACCGAUUUACGAACUUUUAUUUUGGGGAAUAGUAAUAAUUAUUAUAGGUAAUAUUGUAAUGUCUUUGUCACUUGUAAUGGUUGCUAUGACAAAUUAUCCUGGUGGAGUUGCGAUCUCAAAAUUCCAUAAGUUAUUGAAAGGUGAACCCUUCGUACAUGUACAUAUUAGUAACCUUGCAGCUCAGACAGGAGUGACAAGAUUCACACAGAUAAACGAUAACUGGAUCUACUCCAAAAAUGAAUCGUUAGAAAUUAACCAACUGCAGGAAUAUACACAUCUUCUUUUGGAGGCUAAGAGCAAAUAUUCGUCUAAUAUCAAAGCCUUUGCUCAUACUCAUUUAAUAUUAGAUAGUAUCGAAACAUUUUCACAAGUAGCUGUCAAUUAUAAACUGAUGCCACCUGUCCGAAUAAAAACGAAACCGGCAAUUUUCGUUUUAGAAAGAAAAGAUUUUAGAGAACAUCCACAAGGUAGAUCCAUCGAUACAUCCAUCAUAAAUGAAUAUAGUGAAUCAAAUCAAGUUUCUAAGGAAGAAUCUGUAUUGAAUGUGAUAAAUUAUGAAACAUCAAGUGAAGUACCUGAUGAGAUGAAUAAUGCCAGUGAUGAGAAAAUUUCAGAUUCAUUGAUGUUUAAUCAUGAUAACACUUUAAAAGUUGAAGAAACUACAUAUGUAGAUCAAGAGGAGAAUGAAUAUGAUGAAUCAGAAGAAAUACCUUUGCUUGGCAAAGCUAAAAAGGCUCUAGAUGAAUUUAAAACCUUGAGACAAGAGAGAAAAAGAAAAGCAAUAGCUAAAAUAAAGUCUGAAACUCGUAAAGAAGUCAUAGCCUCGGCCAAGGAGAAAUUAAAAGAGAUAAUGAAACGCCAUAAACAUGUUGCAGAAGAACUUUCUAAAACCGUCGAACCUACUGAUGAAAUUGAAGUCAUGUCUGAUAGUCGAGGAGAUAUACCUGUAAUAAAUGAAUUGGAAGAUUUAGAUGCACCUUCAGUACAAGAUAAUAAUGAUACAGCUGGACAAUCAGAUUCUUCCGAGAAAUUGGAAACCAUGAUUAUUAAAGACGAUUUACAUAAUCAUACAAAUGAGAAUAUUGACGCUAUUGUAGAAGAAGUGAUUGUUAGAUUAAUAGAUAGAAAAAUAUAUGACGAUAAAACGAAACCUGAAGAUCUUACAACGGAAGAUAGGCAAAUUAUUCAAAAAAUCGUUGAGGAAGUUCUUUCUGAAAGAAUGAAUUAUUCUAAUAUAGAAUCUAAGUGAUUAUCAGGUUUUAGUGCAAUACAAGUUGCUGUUGUUUACAUUUGUUUGAUCUCUUUAUCUUUUGUAUUAAAUUGGGUAGAUACUAAUUUUAAUACUAUAAAUAAGAUAAAAGUGCCAAUGCAAUCCGCUCACGAAAUAUUAAUGUGCCUUUGUACUGUGUUGAUUGUGUAACAAAUUAUAUAUCCAUAUCAUUAAAUGGUAUAAAACCAUUAGAAUUUCAAUAUAAUAAUCAUUAAAUUAUUUUUUCUUUCUAGUCGAAUUUUAAUGUUACUUAAUUUUAAACUAUCUUUGCAUUUUAUAGUUAUUAAAAAAUAAAAUGUAAUUGACGAACUGCUUUUAUAUUUCAUAUUUUCUAAAGCAUAAAUAACAACACCAUUCUUAAUUAGUUUUCGAAACAAGA